AGGAGCCACUUCUUGACUGGACUCAGGUCUCCACCAGAAUCCCUAGUCAGUCAGCUGCUGCUCUCCCGGGCUUGAUCAUGGAACUCCCGGUGAAUGUGAAGACGUGGAUUGAAAAAAACAAAUCCUCCUUUCUUCCCCCAGUCUGCAACAAGCUCAUGCAUCAGUCCCAACUUAAAGUCAUGUUUGUCGGAGGCCCAAACCAAAGAAAAGAUUACCACAUUGAGGAGGGAGAAGAGAUCUUUUACCAGCUUGAAGGCCACAUGGUUCUUGGGAUCCUGGAGAAAGGCCAACGCAGAGAUGUGCUCAUCCGCCAGGGGGAGAUAUUCCUCCUGCCAGCUGGCAUCCCCCACUCACCACAAAGGUUUGCCAACACUGUGGGGCUGGUGGUAGAGCGAGAAAGACUGAAGACAGAGACCGAUGGGCUCAGGUACUAUGUGGGAGAUACAACAAACGUCCUUUUUGAGAAGUGGUUCUACUGUGAGGAUCUUGGCACACAACUAGCACCAAUCAUCCAGGAGUUUUUCAAUUCUGAGCAGUACAAGACAGGAAAACCUUGCCCAGACCAGCUGCUCAAAGAGCCCCCCUUCCCACUGAGCACAAGGACUGUCAUGGAGCCACUGUCCCUUCAGGGAUGGUUGGAUACCCACCGGAGGGAACUGAAGGCAGGGAGCACCCUCAGCAUGUUUGGAGACACAUAUGAAACAGAGGUAAAAGUCUGUGGAUCUGGCAGCAGCAAAGGCCCUAAGCUGAAUGUUGAUUUGUGGCUUUGGCAGCUGGAAGGAUCCUCAGUGGUGACCAUUGAGGGACAGAAACUACAUCUGGCUCCCGAUGACAGCCUCCUUGUGCCCAAAGGGACCAUGUAUCUCUGGGAGCGAGCUCAGGAUUGUGUGGCUUUGGCAGUGACCCAGAAUCCAGAGAACAAGAAGCCACUGGGAUAAACCCAUAUAAUAAUGAUAUGACCUUGGUGCAACUUUGUUGCUUUUUUGAAUAAAAUACAACACAUUAAAAAGUUAUUAUCUGCACCAGAUAAAA